AUGGCCGCCCUCGCUCUUGAAUCAGUCGUGAAACUUUCCUCAGGUUAUACGAUGCCUCUUCUUGGUUUCGGGGUGUACCAGAACUACGACACAAAGGCUUCCGUAUUGGAAGCAUUUGCAGCAGGAUAUAGACAUAUCGAUUCCGCUCAAGUAUAUCGUAAUGAAGCUCACGUUGGGGCCGCAGUACAUGAAUCCUCCCUACCCAGAGAAGAAUUAUUUAUCACAACCAAGGUUGUAAGCAAGAAUCAUGGCUAUGAAAAGACCCUGUCUGGAGUCGAUGAGUCGUUGAAGAAGUUCGGCUUUGACUACAUCGACCUGUUCCUCAUUCACGACCCCUUUUCCGGGAAGGGCCUCCGUUUGGCGACUUGGAAGGCUCUAAUUGAAGCCCGAGAUGCUGGGAAGAUACGAAGCAUAGGCGUGUCCAAUUUCUCCGACAAACAUCUAGAAGAGAUACGUGACCAUGGCCUCGAAAUGCCGUCAGUCAACCAAAUAGAACUACAUCCGUUCUGUCAACAGAAACCCAUUGUAGAAUAUUGCCGGAAGCAUGCAAUUGUCGUACAAGCAUAUUGCCCGAUCCUUCGCGGUAAGAUGGACCAUGAAGUAAUCCAGGAAAUCGCAAAGAAGCACGCUAGGGAUCCGGCUCAAAUUCUGAUCCGUUGGUCUCUACAACGAGGAUUUGUUCCCCUUCCAAAGAGCGCGACUCCUGGGCGCAUCCAUUCCAACGCACAAGUGUAUGAUUUUUCCUUAAACGAAGAUGACAUGAAGGACCUCGACUCGUUGGAUCGGGGUGCUGAGGGAGCAAUUAGCUGGAACCCCGUUGGCGCUCCAUGA